UCUUACCAGCAAAUAUCCCUUCCCCAUAUGACCUUCUCUGCCAGUUUGGCUAUUUCUAGUCCUUUCCACCCAAUUCCUUCACCACCACAAAUCAUCUCUCUCUUUCUCUCUCUUCCUAUUUAUAAUUUGUGGUCUUCCUUUAGCUUUCUGCGAUUUCAACCUGGUCUGUCAGAUUUUCAAUGGGUUUUUUCUACAUUUAACAAUCUACUAUUUCAAUCUGGCGGAUUUGCAUUUAAGCAUAAAUAGGUACGGAUGCUAUCUUGUGGUUUUUGUGUUCUGGUUAUGGCAUGAUUGUUUGCUCUUCUUUUUACCUUGUGCCUGCCACUAUCUCUGUAGUGCGUUGUAUACAGGGGAGGAGCAGUUGUGUCAAAACCUUGGAUCCAUUGAAUUUUUUUAUCUCCAAAUGCUUGUUUAUUAAUUUUUAAUUUGGCUUUGAUAAAUCGCAAUCUGAUUUCUUGAUUAAUGCUUGUUUCUGGGAUUCUUUUUGUUAAUGGAAGAUUCUGAAGAAAGAUUUCGCAGAUCUUUUGGAGAGAAGUUGUUGCCGAUACAACUCUGGCCGUCACUCUUGUGAAAUUCGCUCGAACCAGAGCAGGUGGUGGUUCUCUGUUUUCUGGUUGCCCAUCUUGUCCAGCUUCAUCAUUUUCGCCAUUCGUCAGCAUUCGCUCGUUGCUUUGGCAUCUUCCAAUUGAUUACGGCUAAAUUUCGAUAGUACCUUCUUGUAUGUGAUCCUCCUUUUUCACCAAUUCAUCUCCUUUAGCAGCCGAUAGAGAUGUAAGCAUCGGUAGCUUAUAAAUUUCUCUUCAAAAAAUAGAGGAAUAACCAGUAAAAGUAGGGGAUCAACGAUAAAAGAGCGUUUAUUUGGACUUCUUUGUAGAAAUUUGUUUUAGCCAGUUCUUCGAAAUGGCAAAAUUCACCUGCUGCUUCAGGCUAUCUGCAGAGGAGAAGGAAAAGAAGGCUGAUGCGGUAUCAUCUGGACGUGCUGAGUUCAACAAGGGGCGGAAAACAUUGAAAAUUAGGCUUGAGCAUCCAGUGAAACCUUUCGAGAAUGAUGAGUUGAAAGCGACCACUUUUAGCGUGUCAGUGGACUCAGUACCCUUUGUCCGGAAGGAUUCUCCGAGUGUGAAGUUAAUUAGACAUGAGAGUCUGGGUGGAGAUGAAGCACCAGAGAUUGCAUACGAGGGAGAAGAUGAACAUGAGGAGAAUGCCUCGAUGAAGAGGGAAUUGUCCGAUAUCAAUCUCCAAGACCAUGUACCUGAUUCAGGUGAAGACUUCACUUCAGGAAGUCCAAAAUUCAGUUUCUCUAAUCCAUUUGCUAUCAAGGUCAAUGAACAAAUUGCAAACGGAGAUGAGAAAGAUAAGGGUAUUAAUGAGAUCCAAAGUGGACAUGUUAGUGAUCCUGGGAUUGGAAAGGCUGAGUUCUGGGGUUCACCUAAGCUUAAGCGGUCUUGCUCUAACCUUGAAACCCGCAAACUGCUAAAAAGAAUGGAUGAUCAUUUUGUUCCUUCAAAAUCCCCAUAUUCUGGUGAGUCGCAAGAAUUAGAUGAGAAAUUGAGGGAACCUGGCAGCCCUGUAUCUUUAAUCAGCCAUCGCAGUGCUGACAGAGUGAUUUUAAAGAAGCAUUCUUCAAGCCAAGUGCUACCUUCAAGGAGUAGAAAGCUGUGGUGGAAAUUGUUUCUCUGGAGCCACAGAAACCUGCAUAGACCGUGGACAGUGAAACCAAAACCACAAAUAGUCAAUAAUCUAAAGCAACAAUGUGGGUAUACUUCAGAUACAGUUGAGCCAAAUCGAGCUACCACAUCGAGCAACAUACAAUCGCCAGGGUCAUUUACUGGGGAAUCCUUGAAUAAAGGAUGCAACAACAGUUAUGAUGACAAUCAAAGCUGGCAUGGUUUUCAUGGUGGGAUAUCUGGCGGCCUAUGGCCUCAAAAACAUUGGGUUGCGUUCUCAAUGGAGACCUCCCCUUUUACAAGAGUGGAUGAGUGGGUAAAGGAUCUUGAGACCCAAGAACCAACUCAUAUCCAUGAAGAUAAUGAUGCUGGUAAUAGCGAUAAGGGCAUUGUCUUCCCACCCUCCCCUGAUACUGGUAGAUCACCAGGAAGAACGGUGGCCAACUUUACUCGAACUAAUCUUCCAGAGGAGAUUUUGCAUGCCAAUGCUGUCAUCCAAUCUCUGAAUUCUAGCUCGACCGUGGCUCACAUAUCGGGUAUUGGCUUAAAGGCCAUUCCCUCCAUAUCAUGCUUCACCAGUCUUCGAUCUGUCAACUUGUCCAACAAUUUCAUAGUCUACAUUACCCAAGGAUCGUUGCCGAAAGGCCUUCACACGCUUAAUUUGUCAAGAAAUAAAAUCAAUACCAUUGAAGGACUCAGAGAAUUAACUCGAUUGCGAGUGCUUGAUCUCAGUUACAAUCGCAUUUCUCGAAUUGGACAAGGGUUAUCUAACUGUACAAUAAUCAAAGAACUCUACCUUGCUGGGAACAAGAUUAGUGAUGUAGAGGGCCUGCACAGGCUCCUGAAGCUUACAGUCCUAGACCUGAGCUUUAACAAGAUAACAACAACAAAAGCUCUGGGGCAGCUUGUCGCUAACUAUAACUCACUGCAAGCUCUGAAUUUAUUGGGCAAUCCAAUUCAGAGCAACAUCAGCGAUGACCAGCUUCGCAAGGCAGUUUGUAGUCUCCUUCCAAAGCUAGUUUACCUGAACAAGCAGUCCAUCAAGCCGCAGAGAGCACGAGAAGUUCUUACAGAUAGUGUUGCCAAAGCAGCCCUGGGGACCAGCAGCAGUUGGGGCUCUCGCAGAAGGGCAACAAAGAGAACAAACUCCAGUGGCUCAGCCUCCUCCAAUAUGUACAGGAACAGUAUUGGUGCAAGACAGAAAAAUAGAAGCAGGUCAAAGAGCCGAACACAUCACCUGAAGACAACAUCAUCAAAGCAUGCUUCUUCAUCCCAUUAAAAGUUUUCCAACUCGGGAAACCUUCCAUAAUUAUGCAAUAUCAGGCUGUCAACCAGUUUUCCCUUUCAAGUUUUGAUUAUAAUCCUAUCCUAAGACUGCUUCAAAGCCAGAUAAUUUCGGGAUUCCUCAAAACUUAGUGUAUUUGCAUUUCGUUUUAGUUGGAUAUCUAUUUUAAUAGGCAAGCUUUUUGCU